AUGAGGGAUUUCACUUUGCUUUCAAGGUAUUUGUUAACUCGCCAAUGUGAGAUCUCACUUCCUCAGAAGACCAGCGUUACUUGUAGAGCAAAGAGGGCUUUGGAACUUAAGGGAAAGAAGAAGAAAUGGAAGUUGAAAACUAGCUCAUGGGGAUUUGCACUGUUAGAUGUCUCGAGUCCGUGGUCUUUCAUAGCUAAAGCUUUCGUGGAUCCAUUUAGAAGAUUCUACUUCGAAGAGUAUAUCCAAACUGUUCUUGUGAGCGAUCUAAGUAAACUCGUUUACAAUAGUCUGGUUAACAACAUUACAAAGAAGGAAAUUAGCCACAACUAUAACUACAAGAUUUUGUCAAAGUUUUUCGAGUUGGCUGCCAAGCUGGGAGGGGUAAGCAUAAAUUAGUACUUUUACGAGACGUGUUGUAUAACUUUGCUUGCUACUCUAGAAAAGUCAACUUGCUCUAGACGGUCUGGUGAUGAAAAAAAGCACCACUGACCUGGAUAAACAGGACGGCUUUUAUAAAUGUUAACUGUUAUAAUUAAUAAGUUACCGGUAGCACACCCGUAUUGGGGUUCUUCCUCUUGUAUUCCGGAUCGAACUAUAAUUUAAAAGUGCUGGAUCAGUAAAAAAGGAGAAACCUGAAGCACCCAGAGUAAAACUAACAACAAAUUUAACGCGCAAAUGAUGCUCGGUACAUAUCAGGGACUAUAAGCAUUCAGAUUUCGUGUUUUGCUGUCGGUGCAUUUUGUACAGUGAAGAUAAUUAACUACAGUAAAUUACAGCUGAUCAAACAAUGUUAUGUCCGAGAAGUUUCGUAUUUUCUAAAACUUCCAGUUAUUUCUGUGGUUUGUUUUAGGAGGUUGCAAUGCGAGCGUCCGAAUACGAACCCUUUAUCAACGACAAAAAGGAAUGGAUUAGUGACAAGUACUUUAGUCAACAACGUUUGGCAGGAGUCAAUCCAAUGUCAUUGAGACGUGUGAGUUUCCAUGGCGCCUCUAAAGGUUAGUGAUCUGUUAACUGUAGGUUUUUCACGAAAUUCCAAACUGUGCAAAACUUAGUUCACGGACAGGUGAUGAAAACUCCCAAUUUAUGUUAAAGGAUAAAGAUUGCACAGGAUAACAUGAAUGUCAGUCUUUCAGUAGGGGUCAAAAUAAAUGUGUUAUUUUACUUCAUUAUUGAAUACUUUUGUUAAUCACUCAGAACAAAUAGGAUUGGAUUGGAACAGACUUAAAGAAAAUCUAAAUCCUGAUUUUGACUGGGAAGCUGCUGUACAGAAGGCUUUGGGAAAUAUCUCGAUAGAAGAGGUGUGUUCACAUUUGUUUCUUUGACAGUGAAUUAGACAUUUAACGCAGAUAUCAGAACGUUGAGAGUACUAUCAAACCACAUUAAUACGGACACUAAGGGGUCAUAGAAAGUGUCCAUAUUAACGGCGUGUCUGUAUUAAGCGGGUCGAAUUUAGGGAAAACGUAAGGACUUUGUUUCCCUAGGGAAAAAGCAAACUGUUCUUAUUAAUGAGUUGUUCUUACUAGCUGCGUGCAAACGGAUCCAACAUUGUUGCGCUACGCUUCGGCGAUCACGGAACAAAAGAAAUGUUGGGAGUUGUUGGCUGAAAAGUUUGACCGGUUUCAAACUUUGCGCAACAACACCCAACAACAUGCAACAGGGUGUGCAAACGGACGCAACAUGUAAUAUCCAACAAUGUUGGGAGUUGUUGGCCAACAAUGUUGCGUCCGUUUGCACCGGACUUUAAGCUGGUGUCCGUAAAGCGGGGUUUGACUGUAAUUUACUUAGUAAAUACGUUUAUUCCUGUAGGAAAAGUCUGCUCUUGUUUCUUACUUAUUUAUAAUUACUAAUUGAUUUCCAAAUUUUUGGCUUUUUCAGGCUAUUAUACAGGGCCGCAUCUAUGCCCUCCGUUAUGAACUGUGUGACGACUUGCCCAGAGAACCGGACCUCACGGAUAAUGAUCCUAGGAGAACCAUGUGGGACACUCUUUCUCCAAUUGCUUUGUUUGUUUCUGCUCCAGACUUCGUAACAGAUCGAAAUGAUCUUGUCGCUGUGGCAAUUCAAAUGGACCACACCAAAGGUACAACAAUCUUUAGUUGUCCGUUUCAUUGCCUCAGUUUAGUAUACAUGGAUUAAACACACACUUUUCUUACGAAAGAUAUGCGAUCAAAUAAUGUGGCUGACAAUCCAUAUGAAUCAAGAUCAAUGAAGAAGUGCGAACACAAAAUCGCUUCGUUUUAAAUGCGUCGGUAGUAUAAGCUGGUAGUGUCAAAACAUGUUUGGUUUUUCAAACCCGUAGAUCAUUUUGUUUGGCGCACGUUUGUGUUUUAUGUUCAUUUUUUAGACUCAGCGGUUUUUACACCCAAAGACGAAGGCAACUGGAUGAUGGCUAAACUAAACGUUCAAGUCACAGAUCUUGGAUACGCGCAGAUAGUGGAACAUCUUGCUAAGGUAGAAUAAAUCAUCUGAAAGAUAAUACAUCAUUCUGUGAAAAAGUAAAUGCUUAACUGCAGUAAUUACUUUUGUGAUAUUAUGAGAAAGACUGCCUAGUCUGCCGUGGGAGGUGCAAGGAUUUUUUAGUAUAGAAUAGAACAGAGUAGAAUGCUUUAUUGAAAUACCUCGCUAGCAGCCAUUUUCUAUUUAUUGUAAACCUAAGUAAUUCAGUCGAUAUGCUUUGAAACAUAAGGACAAAAUAAUCCUACAACUACGAACAUGAAAAAUCUUAAACUAACCAUGAAUUAUCGCGAAAUACUAGCGCAUUUGUUGAUAAAGGUAUCACGGCACCUGUUGUUCUUGCAUGGCUUUACAUGGUAUGAUCUUACCUAGUCCCUAGUCCUCAUUAUUCUGCGCGGCCAAAGCGUUUCGGGUCACGUGGUCCAAGCGAAAUGUGAGGGCGUUUCCCGCCAGUUCAUCUCAGUACGUCACUGAACGGAAUUGACCGAGAGGGCCUGGGAAAACGCCGUACAGGGACUAGACAAGGUAUAAUCUAGAGUUCCACCUUAGGUUCUCAGAGGUCCCUUGUUGAAUGGAGUGAGUUGGAGCAAAACGUCAGGGAGAUUAAUGUCGCCAACCGUUCAGCUCGAUAGGUUCUUUUUUUGUAAUAUGACAGUUUUAAAUUUUAGACAUUUCAUCGCAAUUCAUUAUUAAAACAUGUCUCGAGUUUAAUUUUAAACGCUUGGUCAGUUUAUUCUUCAUGGUGGAUGGAAAUGAGCAAUAGUCUCUUGCCGUUUUAUUCAUUUUGUUUGAAUAGUAGGUUACUAGGUGAUAUUUGAAGUACAUUUUCUAGUGAUCAAUGAUUUGAUUUGCAGGUUUUAUGUAUUCAUUGUUCUAGGUUCAUUUCCUGAUGGAACCAUUCUGUGUUAUCUUAAGACGAACUCUAUCCUCUCGGCACCCGUUGUAUCAAAUACUACAGUAUCACUGUCGAGAUGUUACAGUACCGAACACAAUCGGAGCUCCUGUUCUUGUUGGCGAAGGAGAAUAUAUGGAUCAGUUGUUUGCAUUUGGAAAUGUGGGAACAGAUCGUCUACUGAAAGAUGCACAUCCAUUAUCCACAUGGGAAGUCACAGAUUUUAGAAACGAGCUAAAGGUGAGUUGCUGUAAAGACUUGCCAAUCUUUUAGCUGUUCAAGGUUACCGGUUAGUAGUCUAUGCUAGCAGCUGUUUCGCGUGAUUUCUGAAAGAUUACAAAGCUAGGUCAUGUAAUUCAAGGAAAAUAAGCCCGUUAAAAAAGUACAUAAAAUAGCGUAAGUGACUACAGUAACUCUGCGAAGAAAUAUAUUAAUAACAUUGCAAAGAAAAAAAGCCUACAAAUGGUUAAAAAAUUAGACAAAAUUUGACAGGAACAGAACUUGCGUAUAGCAGGAAUGCUAUAGAUCGUUUUCACUGGCGUGGUCAGCAGUUAUGCAAAGUUCUUGGGAUAAAAGCCUUUUUUUAUUAUUUAAAAAACGGAGUUAAAUCCCAACAGGUGCCAGUUCGUCCUUUUCUUGUAAAUGAUGCCAUGACAAUGACGAUGAUGACAUCACUGCAGAUAAUUAUCAAUGUUUUAGCCAACUUCAACUUUUACUUUCUAAACAUUUUUAGAGGAAUGAAUGGUGAAGUACUAAAGCUCAAUAAAAAAAUUCAAUAAUAAGAUGAUGUUGUAAGAAGGUCAAGCUACUCUCUUGAGUAAAACACAUUAUACCUCACUCAUUACAAAAUAAUGGUGAUUACCUCAUUCUGUGUCAAUUUGAACAAAGUUUAGUAAUAUCAGAUAGAUCAUAACAAAAAGAAAGGUAGGGCUCAGUUAGUAAUUAAAUGACAUUUAUUUUAUUUUUAUUUUUAUUUUUGGCUUUCUUUUGUUUUGUUUGUUGUUUUUUUUUUUCUGCUUGUUAGAUUUCUACGUAACAUUAAAUUGCUCUUGACUAAUGUUUUGUUUUCAAAUCACUUUCUUUUGUUUAUUAACCAGAAACGCGGACUGGAUGAUAAGGAUCUCCUUCCAUACUUCCCUUAUCGAGACGAUGGGGAAAAAAUAUUGGAGGUUAUUGAACACAUGGUGAAGGAAUAUAUAGACUUGUAAGUAUGAAUGGUUCUGGAAGGAGUUCACCAACCGGGAAUCUAAAUGGGAAUUGUAAUCUAAUGGUAUAUAACUCAAACCAAACCUAAAACCGGAGUUCCUUCUAAAUACUCUGAUUAGCCGUUUAGAUUUCUCUCUCUGCCGUCUGAUUGGCUAGUACCUGGCUAAUUCUUCUUAACAAGCCGUUUAUCAAACUUUGACGAUGUUUGCUAACAUUAAUAAAGACGACCUCAUCGAGGAACAGACAAAUGUUAUUAAGACUGGAAGGUUGGUUAAGCAUGUUUUGAAGUUGGAAAUAUAUUUGAAAGAUUUAUGAACAACAAUUUUACGAUUGAAGGAUUUUGCAGAUUACAAGGAUGAUAUCCACCUCGAUCAUAGCCACCCUAUCCAAAAAUUGCUAAACAAAAAUGAAAUGAUGAUGGUUUAGAAAAUAAUAAAAUAACAGUUGUGUAGGAGCUGCUUGUAAGGUCUCUCCUGAUUGGUCGCAGAAAACAACGAAAUGUCAUUCUUUCAAUUGUUUCACUAUUGUUUGGGGUCAGUGUUAGGCACCAUUGGUAACUUCUCUUCCGAGCGGCUGCUACAUGACCCUAAAAUAACUCUGAGGAGCCACUGGGACGCGCAGAUUCAUAUGGAAAUAUCUGGAAAGGUCUGAGGCCGCCUCUUGUCCUUCUCGUACUGAGAAUCACAAAGAUACUUAAUAUCAAUGAUAGUUCUUGACUCUGAGAACAUAUGUGAGAAAAUUAAAUUGCUGCAUUUUUUUUUCUUGUUUUAGGUAUUAUUANGUUUAGAUUUCUCUCUCUGCCGUCUGAUUGGCUAGUACCUGGCUAAUUCUUCUUAACAAGCCGUUUAUCAAACUUUGACGAUGUUUGCUAACAUUAAUAAAGACGACCUCAUCGAGGAACAGACAAAUGUUAUUAAGACUGGAAGGUUGGUUAAGCAUGUUUUGAAGUUGGAAAUAUAUUUGAAAGAUUUAUGAACAACAAUUUUACGAUUGAAGGAUUUUGCAGAUUACAAGGAUGAUAUCCACCUCGAUCAUAGCCACCCUAUCCAAAAAUUGCUAAACAAAAAUGAAAUGAUGAUGGUUUAGAAAAUAAUAAAAUAACAGUUGUGUAGGAGCUGCUUGUAAGGUCUCUCCUGAUUGGUCGCAGAAAACAACGAAAUGUCAUUCUUUCAAUUGUUUCACUAUUGUUUGGGGUCAGUGUUAGGCACCAUUGGUAACUUCUCUUCCGAGCGGCUGCUACAUGACCCUAAAAUAACUCUGAGGAGCCACUGGGACGCGCAGAUUCAUAUGGAAAUAUCUGGAAAGGUCUGAGGCCGCCUCUUGUCCUUCUCGUACUGAGAAUCACAAAGAUACUUAAUAUCAAUGAUAGUUCUUGACUCUGAGAACAUAUGUGAGAAAAUUAAAUUGCUGCAUUUUUUUUUCUUGUUUUAGGUAUUAUUACGACGAUCGAGACGUAAAGGAAGACAAAGAAUUUGGCAACUUUCUCAAUGAGUUGUCUAUUGAUGGAAAACCUCUUUUCCACGGCCGCAUUGGAAAGGUAAGGUUACUGAGUAGUUUUUCAUCAGUCGUUGCUUAUCGCUGCCAUUGUUCUUACCAAAUGCUACUAACCAAGCAGAAAUGGCCUUGCACUUUAAACUUAUCCAAUCCUCUUUGCGGAUGAGCAUUGUUUGGAAAUUCUUUAUGGAUCUCGUAACAAAAUUGAUGGUAAUUUCCUGAUUGUUUUGCCAUUUUGCGCGACUGGUUCUUGACCAAUCAAAAGCCAAAAAUCAAAGACAAAUUUGGCCAGUACAACUUAUUUACUGGUCCAUUUAUCACCUUAAACGGACAGCCAUAUAAGUGAAUUAUCCUUUAUAUUAACAGAUUAGAAGUCUACCGCCAAAGAUCAGUACUAAAGAAGAACUCUGUGAUAUUGUAACUCGGAUCAUCUCACAACUGAGCCUUCAACACUCCACAGUCAACUACCCGCUCUCAGACUAUGCUGAGUACAUUCCUAACCUACCAACGAAGCUGUACAAUGACACCAGACUGAAGGAGGGGGAAUUCUCCGUUCUGCGGCUGCCAAACAGGAAUACAUCUGCUGUAAGUUUAGCUAGUUUCAUAACUGGCUAAUUAAGUGUGUUAGUUUGAAGCUGCCUUUCGUGUUAAAUAGUUUUAUCACUGUUUCUGCCUCCUGAUAUGGAGAGUUAGUUUUUCGGUCUGCACGUGUAAUUGAAUUACAGCACCAGCCUUCUCUCAAUCAGUCUUCCUUCUCAAAGCGGAAUUUUAAAUCUUCACCGAGUCGAUGGAAGUCUUUCUUUCAACUAGUUCACUUUCUUUUUUAAAUUGCGAGUAUAAGCAGCUCCACCAUUUUAUAUAGUAGCCUGAGAUACAGCCCACAAUCCCUUGAUUGAUUAUGGUGAUACAUUGACCUUUUAGACUUGUAAAACCAAAUUUUUGUGGUCCUCUCUUCCUCCAACACUGCAGCACAGUUUCUGUUUCAGUUUCUAUUAGACCCUCAUGUUAACUGCGCCUUACACCUUCCGAGAGAAGCCACAAUCGGCGACAAAACUAGUUGAGACACCUCCGGAAAAAAGACAUCUUAUGAGCAUGGUUUUAUUUGUUCUUUUUUAAAAAGGUGUGAAAUACCUUUCAAUGGUCCCCCUCCCCACUCCCCCUACUCAGUGUUGUACCGCUGGCCUUAAGGUUUGUGGGCACUCGGAGACGACCCAACAAUGUCAAGGGGGGAGGGGUGGGGGGACCCUUUCUCAGGGUAGCUCAAAACACCUCUUUUUAGGAAAGUGUCUUAACAAUUUUGUCGCCGAUUGCAGUUUUAUCCUAAUAGCAUAAUGUUAAUGAAGCGUUUUAAAUGCCAACAAUUAUUGGUAUUUCUGAAACGGUAACGUUCAAGCCAACGGUCCAAAUGUGAGAUCCUUACUAUGAAUAGUAACUAAGGGAGUCUGUUUGUGGUCGACAGUAGAUAAAUUCGUUGAGGAAAGUGUUUCAGUUCAUUAGUCAACAUAGUCUUCCCAGUGAGCCACUGUUCUGUCUAAGGGCCCGUUUACAUGGAGGUGGGGUACCCCAGGUAGGUGAGGUAAAAUAUGGCGGGUCACCCCACCUAUCAUGUAAACGUGAUCAAAUUAAAACCCACCUCCAUGUAAUCAGGCCCUAAAACUUGAUGGUGAGCCAGUGGUACCCCAUAUAUCUUCCUACCGUGAAAAUAUGGUUUCACACAUCUUAAUUUCCAGAUCGAAGCCAGCUUCAGUAACUCCCUGGCGUUAUACCGUUUUGACACUUUAUUUGACUACGGCAACAACCUUGAGGACAUCAAAGCUGUCAAUCUUAUCAACGAAUACUACAGUUACCUCAUGUACGAGGUUCAACCUAAGAUGCAAGAAGUGAAUGAAGAACGAAAGGAAAGAGGUGAUCUGACCUACCCCUACCUUAUCCCGAGAUGGAUACCUAAUGGGAUUCAGACCUAA